AUGCUCAAUCUGACGCGAUCUUUGUUCUUCGUGACCUUUCGCCAAAGUUCUGGACACAGCCGCCAGCUUAACAGUGAAAUUUCCGAUUUGGCUCGCAUUCAGUACAACAAAAGUUAUGAUGAAUUCAUGCCAUUGGAUGUCUAUUCGGUAAAAGCGACAUAUGAUGCCGUGGAACUCUUCGUUCGGUUGGCAGUGGACUCUAAUACCACUUCUGCUAACGGAUACAGCUGCGGUGGUUUGGAUUUAUUCAAUAAAGCGGUCAAUCGAAGCUUCGAUCUGACAUCGGGUCGCGUGAUUAUCGACCAUAAAGGCAACAGUCUCCUGGAUGCGGAUAUCCUCGUCUACGAGUCCCGCACCAGAACGAUGCAGCCGUACGCAUUUUACUCCGCGGAAGCCGACACUAUGGUUGUGUCCACAACCUUCCCUAUUGACUGGCCCGCGGGAAGCAUUCCCUUGGAUGUACCACUGUGUGGCUUCGAAGGCACAGGUUGCGACACACAGUUUGCUUGGAAGCUGCCCGUCUAUAUCGCUGUACCAGUGACCCUUGUAUUCUUAGUCUUUGUCGCAACUUUUAUGGUCAGACAACAUCGUCGGUAUCAAGCUUCGGCCGGCUGUUGGUGGCUGAUAGAUGCUGUAGAUGUGGUCAAGAUGGAUGCCCAGAAUACCAACACACAUUUGGCGGUUUGGGAAAGCAAACCGGUGUGGAAACGAUCGUUCGCCGUCAAAAAACGAGUCUUCGUUGAAACGCUGGGAAAAAUUCAGCGUGUUUCACACGCAAACGUCAACACACUCUGCGGUAUCGUCAUCAGUACCGACUCGAUACACGUGUGUUACGAUUACUGCAAACGGGGAUCGCUAUCUGAUUUACUGUCUCGGAUGAAGCUGGAUCUGGAUUUCCAAGUCUCGUUAAUUCAUGACCUUUUAAAGGGAUGCGCUUACCUUGCCAAACAUUCCCAUCCCCAUGGAUUCUUACAUCCAGAAUGCUGCUUAAUCGACGACAGGUUUACGCUCCGAAUUGGCGACUUCGAUUUUCAGCAAAUCAAGCAACGAGGGCUCGGAAGAGACUGGAGCGCGAAAGACUUGACUAAAUCACAAGAGUGUUAUGCGGCGCCGGACUACCUAGAGGCUCUUAGACAAGGCAAAAGGUCAGCGACGGCACCGGCUGAUGUGUACUCCGUCGGACGGUUAAUGCAGCUGAUUACGUCGCCGGAGCAUUCGGAUGCGGUCAAACCGGUUCAGUAUGCCGUUAACUGGCAGAGUCUGGUAGACAAGUGCAUCAAUCCAUCCGCUAAUCUUCGACCAUCAAUAUAUGAUGUCGAAAAACAGUUUAAUAGCUCUUCUCACGGACGGCGAAAGAAGAAUAUAGUGGAUGCCAUUUUGGCGCGGUUUGAAAAUUAUGCAGCAGAGCUGGAAAUAGCGGUGAAAAUCAAGACGGAUGAGUUGAUGGUUGAAAGGAAUAAAUGUGACGAAUUACUGCGAGAGAUGUUACCGAGGUUUAUUGUGGAUAAUUUGAGAAACCAAAUACGUACGGAACCGACGUAUUUCGAAUCAGUGACGGUAUUCUUCAGUGAGAUUGAUGGAUUUUCGGCCUGGCUACCUACAGUACAACCGGAAGUAGUCAUGAAGACCCUGUCGUCCAUCUAUUUCCUUUUUGACCAAGAAAUCCCGCGUUUUGAUGUGUACAAGGUGGAGACUAUCAAAGAUUCGUACAUGGUUGUGGGUGGAAUUCCGGCGAAAGAGUAUUUAAAUCAUGGCAGCGAAGUGUGCGAAAUGGCAUUAGCCUUUGUGAGUUGUUUUUCUGCCGCUAAAAUGCCUUCGCAAUUUGCACUUCAGUGCGGCAUUCAUUCCGGUCCGUGUGCAGCGGGAGUAAUGGGACGCCGUGUUCCACGCUACUGCCUGUUUGGCGAUACGGUGAAUACUGCAUCGCGAAUGAAUAGCCACAGUCAAGCCGGCAAAGUGCACCUCAGUCCCACGUGCCGCGCCCUGAUUGCGGAUAUCAAAUCAUUUCGGGUGGAGGAGCGCGGUACUAUUCCCGUCAAGGGAAAAGGGAUGAUGACGACUUACUGGCUGUUGCCGUUCUUUUAA